AUGUCAAUCACUCAGUCGAACCUUCUGAUGCUCCUCCCUCUGGCGACAACGUCACGUCAGCGCCAUACCCUUCUGGCGAUUAUCGCUUCGAACGUAAUUGAACGGCCCAUUAUCCCUGCCAUUCGUUUCUCGUUGGAGUCUACGACAAAUGCAAACGCAACCUUGGACUACCGCUUUGAUGUCGCUGGCAUCAAGGAGUUGGGAUAUGUACUUGGAUUGCCUGCUGUGGUUAUUACCAGCAAUCGAAUCCGGGUGCACCGCGACGAAGCACUGUGCAUUUUGCUGGGACGGUUGGCCUUUCCAGUCCGGUUCCACACAAUGUCGAGAACCUUUGGCCGUUCGCGUUCGUCAUUGUGUGAAAUUUUCCUGCACGUGGUCAACGACCUAUACGAGCGUUGGGGGUCGUUGCUGUUCUUCAAUAAAAAGUUGGUCCAAAAGAAUAUCAACCGGUACUGUGCUGCUGUUGCGUCCAAGGGCGCCCCACUGUCCAACGUUUUUGGAUUCAUCGACGGCACCAAAGUUCAAACGUGCCGCAUCACGACCACCGGGACCGGGGAUAACUUGCAGAAGCAAAUCUACAGCGGCCACAAGCGCAUUCACUGCCUCAACUACCAAGCCGUCACCGUUCCGGAUGGCCUGUGUGUGCAUUUUUUCGGCCCUGUCGAAGGGCGACGACACGACACUACAAUGCUCCGCCUCAGUGGAUUGAUCACAUAUCUGGGUCAGCAUCGCGGUGUGUUUGAUGGCAAGCUGAUGUAUGGCGAUCCCGCCUACGGUAUUGUACCCUACCUAAUCUCGGGGUUUAAAGGCAACAACUUGUCGGCGCAGAAGCUUGAAUUUAACAAGUGGAUGAGUCGCGUGAGGCAAUCCGUCGAGUGGAACUUCAAGCUACUCAAGACACUGUGGUCCUACAUUACGUUCAAAAUGUUGGCAAAGAUUCGUCGCCGCCGAAAGUACAUGGGGCUGGUAUCGGCGCUGGUGUUGUUUGUCGUGGUGAUCGUGGUGUGCUUGAACUCGUCGAUGGUGUCUAGUAUGCAGCAAGCCACUACCGCCCAAUGGUCACUUGCAGCUUUGACCACUUCCAACUCCACCGACCUGCAACCCAACAGCAGCGGCCUCUCAGCCAAUCACCUCGCGGUCAAUCGUGCAGACUUCCCUGCUGCGCCAACUGCGCCUCGUCGCCUUGCGUACAUGUUGUACGCCACCGACGCGCGCACCGUGUGCAAUGCUCUGAUCAUGGCGCGCAACAUCCGAGCGACAGGGACGCCCAGGUCCAUCCCGAUCGUCACGCUGGUCGCCAGCGACGUGGCUCCAGACAUUGCUAAGCAACUCGUGGACCCAUUCAACAACUUUGUCGUCGAGGUGGUAGCACCGUGGCAGCAAUCACGGGUGCAUUUGAGCCACGAGUACGCGAGCUCGUUGACCAAGCUGCGUAUCUUUGAAGAGCGCGGCGGCUUCGACAAGGUCAUCUACCUCGACUCGGAUGCGUGGGUCCAGCGCAACUUGGACCAUUUGUUUCAUCUGGGGAACGCCGUCUUGUGGGCUCCACAUGCGUACUACAUCCGAGAAAGCUACGUGUUUGGGUCGACGUUGCUCGUGUUUUCGCCGUCCAACGACGUCGUGGCGGCCCUUGCAGCUGCACUGGAGACCCCCCCGCGGCCCAAUUACUUUGACAUGGACGUGCUCAACGAUUUGUUUCGGCUCGACUGCGGCUACCUCCCGAACCACUACGUCGUGCUCUCGUACACCCUGAAUGACAACUAUACGUGGUCGUUCAAGACGAAAGCAGAUCGGAUGGCUAGCACCUAUGUGUAUCACUAUUCGCCAUGGCUGGGGGUCGGUAAGCCCUGGCAAACGCCUAGAUCCAUCCUAAACGACAAGGACCAAGCGUACGAACCUCUGUAUUAUGACCUGUAUGCCCGGUAUUGGCAACAAGAGGACACGCUGUGCGCAUCGUGGCUAAAGUAA